CAGCAACCCUAAAGAAAUUUAGCCGCAACGUUGUGUGUUGUAAAGGUGUAUGCCGGAAAAAGAAACAAAUUUUUAUUUUGUAUAUUAAAAACUAUAGAAUCCUAUUCGCGCAACACCCCAAAUAACCAUGUCAACGGAGGACUUCUAUUUGCGCUAUUAUGUCGGCCACAAAGGAAAGUUUGGACAUGAGUUUCUGGAGUUUGAGUUCCGACCGGAUGGAAAACUGCGCUAUGCCAACAAUUCCAACUAUAAAAACGAUACGAUGAUCCGCAAAGAAGCGUUUGUGCAUCAGUCCGUCAUGGAGGAACUAAAGCGCAUUAUAAUUGACUCAGAAAUCAUGCAGGAAGAUGAUUUGCCAUGGCCGCCACCAGAUCGCGUGGGUCGACAGGAACUGGAAAUUGUUAUUGGUGAUGAGCAUAUUUCAUUUACUACGUCAAAAACGGGCUCGCUGGUGGACGUGAAUCGUUCAAAGGACCCAGAAGGCUUGCGCUGUUUCUAUUAUUUGGUGCAGGAUCUAAAGUGUCUGGUAUUCUCACUCAUCGGUCUGCAUUUCAAGAUUAAGCCCAUAUAAAGUAAACUGUGUUGUCGAACUGUUCCGCAAAACUGUAUUCAACUCACUUAUAUAUUUAUAAGAAGCAUAAUUAGCAGACUCAUUAAAUUUUGUAAUUAAUGACUACAAAUGAAUAAUCUUUAAUAUUUUGUACGAAUCGUAAUUGAAUAAAAUUGUAUAGACAUGUAUGAGAUUGAAUCGAGCUUCGAGAGAAUUUAA